AUGGGGUCUAUCGGACUUGGCUUCAGCCUUAGCUUCUUCCCAAGCCUCACCAUUUUGUCACAGUACUUUGACAGGCGUCGGUCCCUGGUUAUUUCUGCUGCAACCACAGGGGAAUGUUUUGCAUUCAUUGUAUUUGUUCCAGCUUAUACUGCACUUAUGCAAUACAUGGGCUGGAGAAUUUGCCUGUUCGUCAUCGGAGCUCUGCAACUUGUCAUCAUGGUUUGUGGAUUCUUGCUACAGCCAACCAUUAUUAUACCAGAAGAAGACCCAAAACAACAUUCAGAAGUUGAUAAUAAGGACACACGCAUUACUAUAGACAUCACAGAUUCUGUAGACAAUACAAUGGCAAAGACUGACAUGCCCAAAGAGGAGAAGAUGCUUGAGCCAGUAGAGUCUGAAAAGGAUGAGCUUGUACUUGAUUUUUCUGUAUUGAAAAAUACUAGCUUUAUAUUUUACACAUUAUUUGGAUUAUUUGCUGUCUUUGGCACUUCUGUACCUCCCCUAUUCAUUAUUCCUUACAGUGUAAGUCUGGGCAUACCUGAAGAACUUUCAACACGCAUUCUUAUCUUCAUGGCCUUUGCUGAACUCCUCGGAAGAAUUAGUGGAGGCCUUAUCAUGCACAAGGAGCCAAUUAAUAAGAUUUACAUUGAACUGACAUUUGUCAUCCUGCUGUGCCUAGCUCUUGUUGCCAUCCCUUUUGCUCAUACUUUUCUGGGACUGAUGGCAUGUAGCUUCUUUUACAGCUACAUUAUGGGAGCUGUUGCAGCAACUUACAUUCCGCUGAUAGGGGAAAAGGACAUUGUUGGCAUCGAGAAGAUGGAAUCAGCAGUUGGAGUCUUUGUCUUUAUUCAAAGUUUCACAUCACUGACGGGACCCCCAUUAACAGGUUUACUGGUGGACAAAACAAAAUAUUAUGGGUCUGCAUUCUACUUCAGUGCUGUCGGGAUGGCACUUGGUGCUAUAUGCUUGGCCUUUGUAAAACCUUCUCAGAAUGGUCUGUGCAAGAAAAAGGCACCAGCUACACAAGACUCAGCUGAAUUCCAAGAUGCACAAGACAUGCCAAUAAACAAUGCAGUAGUAGAUGAAAACCCGUCAGGAACUGAGGAAAACUCCAGUACUAUAGAGAUGGAACUACCUGCCAUAGUAAGACCUUGCAUUAAUGGACAGUGCAAGAAAAAGUCACCCGAUACACAAGACUCCACUGAAUGUCAAAAUGUCCAAGAUGUGGUGAUAGAAAUCCCAGAAAUGAAUGGAAACCUGUCAGCGGAUUGA